CCUAUCACAGGCUGUUUUGGCAACACGGAUACGCGUGGAGUGUCCGUCCACCUCCAGUCUCCUUUACGCACCGAUUAUGCGCGCAGGUACAGGGACUCGAACUGCUCCGCGUCCGGCCGCUGCACUGCGCUUUUAACCCCGCCACACGGACCAACAUGACACAAGUGGAUGUAGAAAUCUGACAGGCGCGUUUCUUUGUGGAUCAUUCUGCCGCUUCCUCCCCGGUUGUUUUUUUUCCCUUCCCUUUCCUCCUCUCCCUCCCUCUCUCUCGCUCUCUGCCGGAGCGUCAGCAUGGAUGUCUUGGCGAACCACGGCAUCUUUCAGGAACUUCAGCUCGUUCACGACACGGGCUACUUCUCGGCCAUGCCGUCGCUGGAGGAGAACUGGCAGCAGACCUGCCUGGAGUUGGAGCGUUACCUGCAGACGGAGCCCAAGCGUCUGUCAGAGCUCUUCGACCAGGACCUGGACGGCCUCCUGACUCCGGCCUACUUGAAGGAGGACGGUGAAGAAGACCUGUCUGAGGCUCUGCUCCCAGGCCUCCCUGAACCGCCAAGUCCACCUCUUGUCACCCUGUGUCCAAUGAGGCAGAAUCUAACCUCAACAAAAGACCUCAAACCCAAAGGGCAGGGGCCAGAAACUUCAGACGCAACGGAAGGGGUCCACCUGGCCCAGCUGAGUGCCGUCACCUCUCUAACUCCCCCGUCUUCUCCGGAGCUGGGCCGGCACCUUGUCAAACCCAGCCAGACGCUGACGGCCUCAGCGGACGGGACGCUCACCUUAAAGCUCGUGGCCAGGAAGGUUGGGCUCAGCGCUGCCCGGCUAGUGGCAGGACACGCGCUUCCAGUCCAGGUGAAAGAGGAAGAGGAAGGAGCGGCAUGCCUACUCGGGGGAGAGCUACCAGAGAACAAGAAGAGGAUCCACCGCUGCCAGUUCAACGGCUGCAGGAAGGUGUACACCAAGAGCUCCCACCUGAAGGCCCACCAGAGGACGCAUACAGGUGAGAAGCCGUACAAGUGCUCAUGGGAGGGCUGCGAGUGGCGAUUCGCCAGGAGCGACGAGCUGACGAGGCACUACCGCAAACACACGGGUGCCAAGCCUUUUAAGUGCAACCACUGUGACAGGUGCUUCUCGCGGUCGGAUCAUUUGGCGCUGCACAUGAAAAGACACAUCUGAGGAGUCGGCGAGAGGUCAACGGGAGCGAAAGGAGGAGAUGGACUAUCGACAGCUGAAAACUAACAAGAGGAAGACAGAGAAGAUGGAUUUGAAAGACACCGGGAGGACCAGAUAGGGUGCCUGAUCAUAUGCAGAACUGAGCUCAAACCUUUUUGGUCCACUAAUACAGAAUGGCAACACCCUAUCUAUGACUCUUCAAGGGGUUGGUGGAGGACGUUAUGGCAGCUCUUUGUUUUCUUCAUCCAAUGAGUGAUCAAGCCGCAUCGCUCAGCAAUUGUACAGUCACACGUUUUCAACAUUCCUACUCUUCAGAAAUUCCACAUAUUCAAAAAGAUUUUCAGCAUUCAUCCUGUCAAACCUGCCACAGCCUUUAGAAUCAUCCUUAGAGUUUUGGACAAACGCCAAAUGGAUCUUUCUGCUCAUCUGGCAUUGGAAUCCUCAGAGACGUGUUGCAUCGAUGUGUGGUCGUCUGUUGCACUGACUUAUCCCCCAUCCCAGAUCAACUUCUGCUGAGACAAAUUUAUCGACUCCGGGAACGUCAGAGGAAACUGACCGUCUGGAGAGAUGCAAGGCAGCUUUCGAAGAGUGCGUUUCCUUCUUGAGAUCUUAUCAGUUGUUGACACAAACGGUUGCACAAUUGACUCUUUCAACUUUUUGUAAAAAACAAAAAAAAGAAGAAAAAACAAAAGGAAACGUUCCAAUGUCCAAAUGAAAUACUGGCUUUCACGUGCCACCUGAGCACAAGUUCAAGCAGCUAGCCCACUGCGAUAGCACACCGAACACAAAACGAGAUCACUAUGUAUUUAAAGGCCAUAUUGUUUCUAAACAGAUCCUGUUACUCUUUUGAAAAAGACCAUUUUAAAUAGACACCUCACAAGAGAAGAACUCACAGGAAGUGGAUGCAACCAGAAGGAAAGAAAAGACGGAUGCCUGAAAUGAUCUCUUUGGGCUUGAGAGUGAUUGGCACCAACCGAGCCGCUGGACUGAGACGGUCCAGCUCACAUUCCUGCAGAACUCUUCCAAUUAAACAUCUCUCUGACUUGACUUCAAAUAAAAGAAAUGUAUUGGACAUCUCUCUAAAUUUGGCUCUAUGUACAUCUAAGAAGAUUUCUGCUGACUCCCUGACCAGCGUGUAUGUCGGAAUGCUGAUAUUUCCCCCUGCAGGACUGACGCUUAGGAAGGCACAUUCAAUCAAUCAAUUGGAUCCUGUCAGAGAAAAUCAAUGUGAAUGUAUCUGUUGCAAUCCUGGCCAAUUUUGCCAGACGACCCAUUAAAACACUGGAGAAUGGUGGGGGAGACCAUACACACUGUUUCUGUUAUUUUUUGCAUUAGGGAAAAAUGACUGGACUUGGAGAAACUGGCUGGUCACAGCUGGUAGCUUUUGACAUUUUACCGGCUCUCAUGGACCAGCAUGAGUGCAGAUUUUCAGUGGGUGGCUAAAAUGGGUUAGGGGAGGGUGGAUCUGCUCAGUCAGCAAUGGUAACUGCCCCAUCAGCUUAUGUAACUGUGGCAGAGCGAAACCCACACGCACAACGAGUCAAACAUCCACACCAGGAAAACUGCAAUUAGCAUUUAUAUUGUGUAACAUGGCCGUUGUCAUGUCAAAGAGAAAUAACUAAAAUCCGAUUCUUAGAUGUCUUAAAUUCACAGAUGCAUUUGAGAUGGACAUAAGAUUGCACACAAGCUUGGGUGUCAAUUGAUUAGCUUUGAUUUUGCUGUUUUAUUGCGUUGAAGGAAAAGUCUUCAGAGUAAAAUGUCUGCAUCAGAGUUACAGCUCUAAAUAUGUGUCGGUGGGGUCAAGCUGAAAUAAGUCACAAUCUUGAUCUAGAAAACCAAACUUUAGAGUUUUUGAUGGGACAAAGAAGACUGAAAACCUUGAAGCACAAAUUUUCCAGCUAGCACUAACUGUCUUGAAGAAAGGCCAAAUUAUGAAAAUGUUUAGUCCAAAAACCUUUGAUUUUUGGACUAAAUCUUCGAAAAAUCUCAUUGUCUCAUAUCAUGAAACUGUUCCGAUUAGUUUAAAAAGAUAACACUGUUUAAGGUGUCCAAUGUAUAGUCAGGAGUUGAGGAAGGUAAGACAAGCAGAGUUGGUAAGUGUUUGUGAAGUGGGGAACAGCAGAAGCAGCACUAGAACAAAACUUAUUAGUUCUUGUGGUUGAUGUGUAGCAGAUUAUAUUGAGCGCGGUGGCCAUCUUGUAAAAACUCUGAAAUGACCAUUUUACAAAUCCACUGCACAGAUUACCACAUAAAACACUUUUUUUUGCUAAUUGUAGCAUCAAAUUUAACUCCAAACUUUAGCAACCUUAGCAAAAAGUGCAGCCGACUCGUGAAAGAAAAAUAUUCUAAACUGGCAGAAACUAGCAAUGCAUUUCAACAUGAUAGCAGGGUAAUAAUACUAAUAAUAAUAAUAAUAAUUAAUAAAUGUAAUUUGUACCGCACUUUUCAUUAGAAAAAAUCUCAAA